AUGUGGAUGCCAGAAAGACGACCAUGCGUCACGGUCAGCCCCUGCCUCGACUGCAAGGGGGCAAAUUGUCUUUCCAUCCCAGCCUUCUUCACGGAGGCUCAACGGAGAGCCACAGAGGUCACCGAUCCUCGGCGCUUAUGCAGGGCACCAUUAGCAAGCGACUCUUUCAUAAAUUCGCGCUCCUCUGAGGAGCAGACCCUGGCCAUCUUUCCAAGGCCUCGGAUCCGAUGGGAGCUGGCCGUGAGAACCCCUCCCCAAGCCCUCGUGAGACCCCCUCCCCAAGCCCUCAAUGUCCCCGCACUCACCUCCCUGCCUGAUAGCCGGGAUCCGAAGACCAACACCCGCUCCUCGCCCACUGCACUCGAUUUGAAACUCCGCGCGGCCCCACCCCGGCCGGGUACUCGCUGCUCAUUGGCCCUAUCAGCUUUCCGCCGCCACCGCCCCUGGAUUCCGAUUGGGUUUGGCGUGGCUACCCUCUUCCAUGUCCAUCGCACGCCCAGACCCUCCCCAGAGCCUGAGGUCAGGCUUCUCUGCGGGAUGCUGCGGGGUCGCGGGACACGCAUGGACGUCUCUCUGCUCCUCAACGUGGAGGGUGUUAAGAAGACCAUUCUGCAUGGGGGAGUGGGAGAACUCCCUAACUUCAUCUCUGGCUCCCGGGUGACGUUUCAUUUCCGAACCACGAAGUGUGACGAGGAGCACACGGUGAUAGAUGACAGCAGGCAGGUGGGCCAGCCCAUGAGCAUCAUCCUCGGCAACAUGUUCAAGCUGGAGGUGUGGGAGACGCUGCUGACGUCCAUGCGGCUCGGGGAAGUGGCCGAGUUCUGGUGCGACACCAUUCACACAGGAGUCUACCCUAUGUUGUCUCGCAGUCUACGGCAGGUGGCUGAGGGCAAGGACCCCACCGGCUGGCACGUGCACACGUGCGGGUUGGCCAACAUGUUCGCAUAUCAUACUCUGGGCUACGAGGACCUGGAUGAACUGCAGAAGGAGCCGCAGCCGCUCAUCUUCCUGAUUGAGCUGCUGCAGGUGGAGGCCCCGAGCGAGUACCAGAGGGAGACAUGGAAUCUGAACAAUGAAGAGAGGAUGCAGGCCGUGCCUCUCCUUCACGGGGAAGGCAACAGGCUCUACAAGCUGGGUCGCUACGAUCAGGCUGCCACCAAGUACCAGGAGGCCAUCGUGUGCCUGAGGAAUCUUCAGACUAAGGAGAAGCCCUGGGAGGUGGAGUGGCUGAAGUUGGAGAAGAUGAUCAACACCUUGAUCCUCAACUACUGCCAGUGUCUGCUGAAGAAGGAGGAGUACUACGAAGUGUUGGAGCAUACUAGCGACAUCCUGCGCCAUCACCCAGGGAUCGUGAAGGCCUACUAUGUGCGCGCACGUGCUCACGCAGAGGUGUGGAACGCUGAGGAGGCCAAGGCGGACCUCGAGAAAGUACUGGAGCUGGAGCCUUCCAUGCGCAAGGCGGUGCUCAGGGAACUGAGGCAGCUGGAGAAUCGUCUGUUGGACAAGCAGGAGGAGGAGCGGCAGCGCUGCCGGAAUAUGCUGGGCUAG